GUUCAAUUCACUGUGGAGUGGAGAAGUUCGAGGCACACUGCCAGGCCACUCGCCGCCCCUCCUACCUAACGUUUAUAUAUAUUGUUAUUUUGGCUACAGGUGCGCGGUAGAAGAGAAGGAGUUAAACAGCCCGGUGCCCUUCACCAUCACGUCGUACACGUUCUCCCUCGUGUGCCAGUUGCCCGUCUGUCCGAGUACCACGGCGUGCCGCCGCCUCUCUUCCUACGCAUUGAGCGAAAACGCCUGACGAUCGUUGCCAGAAGAAACCACCAACAACAAAAGAGAAAACAACCUUUGUAUCUCUAGAUAUUUUGUUCUUUUCAUUAUUUCCUUCGUGUUUCGUCAUCAUUUUUCGGUGCCUUCCCUCUUCUUCCUCCUGCUGCUUUGCUGUUCGUUUUGUUUUUGAAUUUGGCGAACAUGUCGGCUAGGGCGGGUAACUCGAUUCGGAACUCGCGCUCGCCUGCCGCCAGCACCGCGCGGCGCGACGUUGGCGCGGCGGGUCAGCGGGACCUCAACACGGCAGCGGCAGAUGACCUGGGCGGCGCACAGACGUACACCCCUCACCGAUCGCAGCCGCUGCCGAGCGAGCCAGCCCCACGACCGCCGUUCUCCGCGGUCCAUCGCCGUCCAACAAGCCACAGUCGCAACAUUCCCUUUCACUCCCGCUCGGCGCGGACGGUGCUGCCGCCUGCCGUGCUUCCACGACCGCAACACGGGGCUUCUCAACCGCCCACGUCGCAGCAGCCGCAGCAGCAGUUGUUUGCGGGUGGCCCUCUCCGGGCCAACUCACAUAACGUCACCUCUCAUCCGCAGCAGCGUCCCUCCCCGCGGCAGGCUUCAACGCAGACAACAACGAACUCUUCGAACCACACGUCCGCGAGUGACGUGGUGGUGCCGUCCUCGGCGCCGGUCUCCUACGCGCUGCCGCGGGAUCGGGGCGUGUACCCGGCAGCUCCGCGUGGGGUGGCGCGUUCUUCUCCAUCGCUGCACCGCGUCCACGCGGAUGGCUCCCACGACAACAGCAACGAGCUCAGCAGCCGCUACUCCAACAACACGUCGGCCGUGCGGGGGAGUGGAAGUCGGCAAGAGAGCAGCCGCGGUUCUCCGUCGCGCCCGCCGCAGCCGUCUUCGGAGGUGAACGGACGGGCGCCUCCUCCGACACCGCCACCACCGCAACGGCAGCCGUGGCCGCGCGCACAGCCGUCGCCGCCGCGUGUACAUGGGCGCCCCGGCGGGGUUUACGUGGAGCUGAUGGAUUCCAUUCCAAGCGCGAACGCGUAUGCCCCUCCGCGUCCGCCUCCACAGCAGCAGCUGCAACUACAGGGAAGACAGGACUCUCCUGCACAGCGGUACUCCUCCUCACCGCCGGCCGCGUCGACUGCGCUCGCACUGCGUCCGUCGCCGCGCCCGGGCUACAACCGCGGACGGUCGGGGGAGGACAGCCAAGACAGGGGCACCAGCACAGACGACCUGGAUGCCUACGCCUACGCCUACGCAGCACCACCGCGACACACGCAGCAGCAGCAGCAGUACAACCCUGUUAACUACCAAGCCGAAGUGCCAGCCCAAUUCCACGGGGUGACUCACUAUAAUCCACCUCAGCACCAGCAGCAGCAGCCAGCAAGACCCGCCAAUUACUACGCAUUGGCCCCGUCCCUGCGACUGGCACAGCACCGUCACGUCCGUCGUAUUGUGGCAGGUGAAGUGGACCGCGUGCCGCCGCAGUGGCGCUAUCAAAUUCUGCUGCAGCAGCACGGCCGAGUAGAGGAGGAGGACGCGUCGUACGAGGCCCCACCACCGCGCAACGACGAACGUCGCCCGCCGCACUCACAGCAAUAUCGACUGCCACCACCACCGCCGCCACAACAGCAGUACCAGCAGCAGCUGCCUCCACCUCGCCAGAUGCAUAAUGCAGCGCAGCGGCUCAAUCUGGACAACAGCGCCAGCGUUCUGAGCAACGCCAGCAGCACCCCCAGCAGUCGUACGCGUCAGGUCUUCCGCCAUCGACAGCGCCAGCAGCAGCAGCAGCAGCGGCAACAGCGGCAACAACCCUUUAUGACGGGCGCACUGCCGGCUGGCAGCCCAUACGGUGCGACACCCACCUACACCGUGGUGAUGCCGCGGACGCGUCGGGUGCCGGCUGGACUGUACGCCCCCUUCACCCUCCCCCCUCCCCCGCGGAGGCAGCAGAGCCAUCAACAGCACCAGCAAUCAGGACUCCCGCCGCCACCGCAGUUGGGGGAGGCUGAAGAAGACAUGGGCGAGGCGGUGACCGAGGUGGAGCCGACGGUGGAGGAGCCAUACCUCGUUCUGGAUGAAGCCGGCGGUCGCGUGGUAGAGUACGAGCCUGAGCUUCCACGCCAGCAGCAGCAGCAGCGGCAGCAACAGAAGCACGCGGAGCGUCCCGCGUCCCCCGUGCGGGAUGCCGCUCCGGUGGUCCCGGUCGCCGCGUCGAACGCACCGCCGCGGGCGCCGAUGGUGCGUCACGUUGUUCACUACUACCCACAUCCUCAACAUCAGCAGCAACAGUCGCCUCCGCAAAACGCGUACAACGUACUGACGCCAUCUGAGGAGACGUACGAAGGAAGCUUAGACAGCCACGACGACGAUGCGGGGGCGGCAACGCUGCCUGCUAACGCAGUGGCACCGCAGCGCCGACCGCCGCCGCCACCGCCGCCGCUGCAGAAGCAGCAGCAGAGUCCCAAAGCACCAAAAGACCGUCUACACGAUCGCACCCCCUCCGGAGGCUCUCAACAGGCCCCACCCCCCACGCUGCCACCGCCGCGGCCGCUGCGCUCGGACGACAGCUUCAAACCUCCUCAGCUGGAGGAUGGUGAGGGAGUGCGCCGGGAACACCUUCCCAGCACCACGGAAGAUCGUCCCUACCGCCUCUACCCAACACGUCAGGAAGCUCACGCCGGUGUGGACGGUCCUCUUCCGCCGCCGCCGGCGCAGGCGAUCUCCGAGCACCCGUCCAGCGCGACGCUCGCCGCCCCCCUGCAGCCGAGUUAUCGUCCGGAUGGGCGAGCUCUGAUGUUAGUGCAGGAGCUGCAGAGCGAUCGACUAUUAGCGGACGGAGAGGGAGAGGAGGAGAAGGCGACGCGGAAGGAAGAAGAAGCGCCACCGCGCGCAGCACACCCGCCACGGCAGCGCCAUCGCGGUUCGCCGCCGGCAGGUCGUCGGCCACGCGGACAGCAGUCCUCACCGUUAGCCAAACAGCAGCAGCAGCAGCAACAGCCGGAGCCACCUCUUCCGCCGCCGUCUCCCCCACCCACUCCUCCUGCUCCAGCUCCAGCAGAUACGAAACAUGAAGAAAAGGCCGAAGAACAACCGCACGAGCAGCACUCCAUCGUGAAGGACUCAAAUGGCAGUCCGAGCCCCGACAUCGACUCCACCGUCGACCCGGAAGACCUCAUGGCACAACAGGAAGCCAAAAAGCUGGCAGAGGAGCUGGUGCGACGCUCGCUGCUGCCCCCCACGCCGUAUGUGCCUGCGCAGCCGCUGAACGCGCCGGCAUCCUUCAUCGCCGACAGCGAGGCGGAAGACAGCGGGGACUUCGCGACGCAGAUCCAGCACCUCCGCCACAACGCCAUCAACGCCACCAACGUCGCGGUGCAGGGCGGCGGUCGUAACGUCCAUGCUGCCGAGAGCCCACCACCGGUGGUGGGAGGGGCAAUGCAUACGGAGGAUGCAGCCACGCCAUCGGCAAGAGAGGAAACAACUGCGCCACAACAACACGCGGACCGCCGGCGAGACAGUGCACAGGAAAGCAAGGAGGUGGUGGCCGAACCGAUAAUGGCGUACCGCGACAGCGCGACGUCGUCUUCCGACGAUGAUGCGGAGGAGGAGGAGGAAGACGCGGUGGCCACGGCACACGCCAGCCCGAUGAGCGCCGACAGCGCCGCAGCGCACUCAGUUCACGUGGCACGAGGCAAGGAGGCGCCGACGGAAGACGCGCCUGCGAGACAGGACUCCUUCGAGGGACUGAGCCCGUCUUCUCCGGAGAAGACACCAGCGGCAGCGGAUGAUAACAACAGCGAAGAAGGCAACAACUCGCUGCGAGGGCCCCGCGGAGAGUCACGCAGCGACGCGACGAAAGAAGAGGACGACGUCGAUGCGAACCCGCCUUGCGAUGGCGACGCCGAUGAUCAUCAGCAACAACAGCCUGCAGUGGAGGAACUCUCGAUUCAUGAACAGCAGCAGCGGCAAGUCGCAGAAGGUGAAAGUGCCGAAGAGCCCUCCGCGGCUGCGGCGGUGGCGGUCAACGAGGAAGGCGAAGCUGACGUGGGUCUGUCACCGCUGGAGAUGGGCGAGCUCUACGGCUACGUUGACCCGCUCGAGGAAGCCGCCAUGGACGCCGCCUACAUGCUCGACACGCUGGAGUAUCAGUACGUCACCGUGAACGAGGUGACCGGUGAGGAAAUGGAGGACCUCGUGCACGUCGUGGAGCUGAACCGAUACAAUCGCGUUGGGGAGCCACGGUACUUUGAGCCGAAAGGGCUGUUCUCGGAUGUGCUGCCACUACUGCGGUACCCGACUGUAACUUCAGACGAGGCGGCCGCGUCGGACGAAAAUGGCGCCGCCACCGCGCUCACGUACAUGCCACUGACCGAGGCCGCGUACCAGAAUCUGUGCGCCGUGAUUUGGCUCUCGCGCCUGCACAGCGAGGACGCGGCACGCCUGCUCGCGGUCGCGCAAGGUCCGUCGCCGCCUCGAGCCACGCACAGCGGCAACGCAGACGCAGACGCAGACGCUGAUCUGUUUUGUUUCACCUCAGCCUGUCCGACGUACUACUUCGACCACCCCUCUGCCAACCUGCUGGAGCAGCUCGACAGCCUCGUGGCGCAGCACGUGCAGUCCGCCACGGACGACGCCUGCGCGCAGUCCCGCGAAUCCCUUCCUACCGUGUGCGCACGCCUCGCGGAUCGCAACAACCUGUCGUGCCUCCCACCCGCCGUGUGGCAGCAACGGCAGCAGCAGCAGCAGCAGCAGUCGUCGUCCACACAGCUCAACAUCGCGUCGUUUGCGGACCACGUGACGGAGGUGCUGCUGACCGCCACGGUGCCGCAGGAGGCUGCACGUCGGCAGGCUGUCCGUCGCCGCGCAACGAGCGAAGCGGAGCUGCACGCGCAGCAGACGUGGUCGCUCUUCCUCGGUGCGCUGCCGUGGAACUACGAUGAGGCGGUGGAGGUCGAGACGCUGCCUGCGAUGCCCACCGCGGCGGCUCGCCUCUCCUACGCCUUCGCGUACAAGGCACGCAUACGCAACUUAGAAGGCGGUCUCGGUGCGCUGACCUUCUCCGCGCUGAGCGCGCAGGUUCCGGAUGCGGCGGUGGUGGACAGCCUCCUCAUGCUAGAGAAGCUGCGGCUGGCGUUGCUCUACAGCUACAAGAACGUCGCCGCGUGUUGUGCGCUGCGGCAGAGGGCCGUGAAGGAGCAGGGCGUCGCGACGUCAUCGUCGGCGAGGCGUAACAGCCAGGCAGACGGACACGUUGGCAGCCAUAACAAUGCUGAAUGGAACAGCCCGGUCUUCUCUGCGUAUUUGCAUCUGUGGGAGGACAGCCGGAACACCGAGGCGGCGCUGGUGGCCGCGGAGGGAGGGGCGGCCAACGGCGGUGGUGGUGGCGAUGAUGACGACGACGUGGUCGACCUCUACAGCGUCGCGGUGCAACUCAACUGCUUCUUCCCGACCAAGACGGAGCGCGGCAUCAAUCAGCUCUGCGCGGCCAUCAUUGAAGACUUAAUUGCGAUGGACGCCGUGCUGGUGCCGGAGGAGGUGCACACGCCGGAGGGAGCAGUGCUGACGGACCGCACCGCGAUUGUGGACGCGCUCGUGGUGGAGGGGGCGCAGGCGAUGCGACACAUCAUUACCACCCUCAGCGAACUCAGCUACACCAGCGCCGUCUCGACGGACGACUAUGUUGACGGCGGCGGCCACGUCGACGUGGCCGCCGUGCGAGCGGCGAUGGAGAGCUACCUCGUCUUGCUCGACCCUGGUGUGAUGUUCUUCCUGAGCAGCCCCGUUCCUGUCGAUGACCUCUUCCGCUACGUGCGCUGCGACGGCCCGCCGUCGAUGCUGCCCCACACGCUGGGUCGCAAAAGCACCUUCGUCGAGGUGGUACGGCUGCAGCACCUCGCGGAGACAAUCCAGUACGCGAUGGAGAUGCAGGACGCGAUCCUCAUUGCGAGCCAGUACAACCACCUCGUCGCGGUGCAUCGCAAGCGCGUUCAGCAGCAGCGGCACAACACCCGAGCCACGCCGCGCUCACUGGCGGAGGAGCUGCAGAUGGACGGUGUGGUGGUCAGGCAGAGCAUGGACUUGAUCCUCAACGCGGCGCCACUCCUUCCCCGCGACCCCCACCCAACGGACGCGUCGUUACUGGCGGAGUUGGCGGAUGGCAACGAUGCGGCCGGCACUCGUCCUGCCCAACACCCCGCAGGAGACGACGAAGAGGAUGAAGAUGUUAUGCUGGGACAAGAGGCGGAGGCGGAGGGGAAGGGGGAGGAGGUGCUACUGCGCGCCAUCCUCAUCGCCCUCUGCUGCGCGGACCCGACGAAGCCUGUCAACGAGGUGCAGGAAUACCUGCGCCACCUCCUCGUCCUCUAUGCCGAGGUCCGUGACGCGCACAACCGGCCCAUCGAGAGCACCGACCCGCUGCAAGUCGCCCACGUCCGCGCGGCAGCGGCGGAGCUGACGAUGGUGGAUUGGUUCGGGCAGACGGCGGCGGACGGUACGCGGCUGCCGGGCACGGCGCCGGCGCGGUGCGAUGAAGUUCGCGUGAACGCCGAGGAGCUUGCGGCGCUGUGCCCGCGUGUGCUGGGCCGACGGGUGGGGCCGGCCAGCACCGCCGUUGCCGACGCCGCGGCCGUCAUCUCCGCCUCGGCGGUGGCGCUGGCUAAGGACGCAGCGAGGCACGAUAGCGAAGACUCCGUGGUGAUGGCGAACACGACUUCACGCCCGCCGCUGGCUCAGUGA